AGAGAGAGAAAGACAUUGAGAGAGAUAAAAAGAGAGAGAGAGAAAAAAGAGAGAGAGAAUAGGGAGGCAGCGAGCUUUCCCAGAGGACUUCAGGAGCACCGAGGGAGCUCGCUGCUGACAGAUAGACGGUAGGAGAAAGACAGAGAAUCAUACAGAGUGAAUUGGCUUUCCGCUCUGCGGACAGACAAUUCUCUGAAGAUCACUGCUGCAAACAUAGGGACAGUCCAGGGGUCCUGAGAUACCACGGUCUGCAAAGGGAUGAAGGAGAAGGACAGAAGAGACGAAAACUGACAGACUGGAGAACAGCAUUGUGCAAUACGAGGCAGAAAUAACAGAGGAUCACAUUAAGAAGGUAGAAAAAGAGAAUAACACAAGGCUGAAGAGACAACUUGACAAAACUAAGGCACCAUGAAAAACACGGCAGAGGAACAUCCAUACACCUAAAGUGGGCAAGGAGACAGAAGAAGACACAGCAAGGACAAUCCCUCUCAAUGUUCCAAAAACCAAAGACAUGAAGACAUUUGGAUGACAAAACAUGACAGACGGAAAAUACUUCUUCAACACUGCUCUUUACAUGAGAGGAAGAAAAGAGAGACAGAAGAGAAGCAGGCAAAACACUAGAGGGACAGAAAGGAGAGCAGCAGGAGGAGAAAGACCAAGGAGAAGAAGCACACAGCAGUAAAGGAAGAAGAAAAGAGGGACAAGCGAACGAGGGACCCAGACUAACCCUGGAGUAUCUCACCAGCGCAUUGCUCAGCCCAGCAGGGAAGAUGUCCAAGUCCUCCCCCCGUCUGGGUCGACCCGGAUCAGCGGGGUCUAAGAGCCCCAGCUUGAGAAAGGAGCCGCAGGGUAAUCGCUCAUGCAUGCUGCGGAUUGGAGAGAGGCUGAUGAGGGCAGGCAGCGAGGGGAACCUGGUCCAGAGACCCAUACCAGCCCAGAGCCGGAGCGAGGCUUCCUCAACUGGAUUAGGGCAAGGACCUCCAGCCCUGGAGGACAAGCCUGCUGAGCAUACAGGAAAUAACUCCAGCAAAGAUCCAGGAAACUCCCUGUCCAGAGUCUCUUCUUCUUGUUCUUCUACUGAUGUGGACAGCAGCAGUGAGCAGACGCUGCAGAAGAACCUGCACACACACAGCAGCCUUCUCUGUCACCCAGACUUCGCCUGUGGUUCGGCUCCACGCUCUCCCAGCACCUUACCUCGGAGCUACGUCACUGCUGCUCGUGCCGGCAGCAGGGACGGCCAGCCGGAUAGCCGGAUGAUGCAGCACUCUGUGGAGAGGAAGAAGGAGGUGUUCCUGGACCACCUGAGGCAGAAGUAUCCUCACCAUGCUGCCAUUAUCUUGGGACACCAGGACCGCAUGAGGGAACAGGUGAGGAGUCCCCGCUCCACUGAAAGCCCCCUCUGUACAGGUGUGCUGGGCUUGGUGGAGCAGCAGGACCCUCUGGCUUCAGAGACCAUGUCUGAUGGAGACGUGCUGCCCCCAACAGUACCCUUUACAAGGGGCUGUAAAGCCAGAUCAAGUCUACCUGUGGGCCGGUCAAGUAGCCAGACCAGAGAGAGGCCACCUGGUGUGUUGUACCUGCAGUAUGGGGAGGAGACAAAACAGGUGAGGAUGCCGGUUGAGAUCAGCUGUCAGGAGGCUCUGGAGGCUCUGUUUGUCACCGCCUACCCUCAUCAGCUCACCAUGAAGAUGCUGCAGUCUCCCAACAUGGCCAUCUACAUCAAAGACACCAACCGCAACGUCUACUACGACCUGGAGGAUAUCAGAAACAUCACAUCCCACUCCUGUCUGAAGGUUUACCAUAGAGACCCAGCACACGUGUUCAACCGCCAUGCCAGGCCGACCAACACAGAGGGCCGGAUCUCCAAAGAGGUGUUGUACAGCAGUCACAGUCCGGUCCACAUGGCGUCGUCCGGCCGCAGCACCCUGCACAGCCUGCAGGGCUCCAUGUCCCCACCCAUGGUCCGCUCCAUGCCCUCGUCCCCCUCCAGGAUGGCUUACGGUGGGGGGAGCACAGGGGGCAGGACGGGGAUGGUGGAUCCGGGCAGCGCCACAUUACCACGGGAACGCCUGUCAGGGGUGGGCCGAUCCAGCUCCCUCUGCACCAGCAGCAGCUCUAUACUGGAGAGGAGAGACGUGAGGCCUGAUGACGACGCCGGCAGCAGUAAGAGCAUGGCCCUGGUGGUGCGUGGUGAAGGAGGACCACAUUACCCAGACUCCUACUGCUCCUCCCUGCAGGACGGAGGAGGAGGAGGUCGCCUGAGCAUGGCCUCCUCCCAGUGUAGCGCUCCUCCGUCUCUCGCUGCAGACAUGGUGGACGCUGGGGUCACAGGGAUCCCAGGGGGGCUGCAGCAGUACCGGGCCUCCGUUAAACCUCUGAUGGGCUACGGAGAGAGCCUGGAGCAGCAGACACGCUUCCUCCACAGGCAGAAAAGCAGGAAGUAUGGAGACAGCCAGCUUCCUCCAAUGGGAACCAAAACACCACCCCCUUCCCCUCACAGAGUCAAUGAAGUCCGGAUGACAGAGGGACAGAUCGUUGGAGGGGUGGGCCUGGUGUCUCCGGAGAGGAUGUCCCCUAUUCGCCGGUCCCUGCGGCGGGACAGUAACGGAGCCACAGUGGAGAUCGUGAACAGAAGCAGAGGAAGUGGCUCCUCUACCUCGUCUGUCUUUAUGGACAGCCCGCUGGGACAACCUGAGAGACUGUUUCAGGGUCAUGUGACUGUCGGCAAAGUCCAGAGUGAGAGGAUGAAAGCCAUGGAGGAGCAGAUAGCCAGUCUAGCUGGUCUGGUGCACAAUGCUCUGUCUAUGGGCCCAGAUGUUCCAGGAGUCAAGGACGCUGUCAGUGACAAUACUGAACACAAACUCAACAGAGCCGGAGUGUCAUCUGAGCCUCAGGUCCCAGCUGCUGUGAUUGACAGUUUCAGCCCCGCCCCUCUGACGCUAACGGCCCCUCCCUCUGACAGCGGGCUACAGCAGAGCUUGGUGUUAGCAAAGAGAGAUGUGUGUGAUCUGCGGCUGCAACUCAACCACCUCAAACACUUACAGCUGUCAAACCAGGAGAGCGUGACCUCAAUGCUGCGGAUGGCGGGUCAGGAGCUGGUGGUGCUGAUGUACGAUCGGCUGGCUCAGUCUGAGGAGGCAGUGUACAGACGGAGAGCUGGGAUGGAGGAGGAGAGGAUCCACUACCUGGCUACAGAGGAGAGAAUACUCACACAGCUCCGUGGAUUGGAGGGCUACGUGGACCGUUUGCAGCGUAGCUCCGCCUCCAGUCCCGACCAGCUGUCAAUCACUCUGAGAGAGGUGGAGGAGGGAGCAGUCAACCUGCGGAGGGUCGGAGAAGCUCUGGCCAUCCUUAAAGGUGAGUAUCCAGAGCUGCAGGUGAAGAUGCGCUCAGUGCUGAGGCUGGAAGUGGAGGUGGUGCGUUUCCUGAAGGAGGAGCCUCAUAAGAUGGACUCCAUGCUGAAGAGGGUCAAAGCACUGACUGAAGCCCUCAGCUGUCUCCGCAGGUGUGUGUCGGAGUCAAUCGUCCCUGCCAGAUCAGCCCAGGUGGAGCCUCUGAAGGUCCUGGAAACAGAUCAGAGGCCCCUGAAGACCCAGAGCCCCCAAAGCUCCCCCAAACCCCAGCCUCGAUCCUUGGUCAGACCUCCUCUGCCCGCGCCCUCUCUCUCCAGGAGUCAGGCUGAGGUCAGCCAACCCAGCCCCCCACUGACAGCCACCCAUGGACGAGACUCGCCCACCGUGGCCAAGGUGAGCCCUCGCAGCAGAGAGGGCAGCCCUGCUCUGCCGAGGAGACGGGGCCCUCUGACGUCCCUAACACAGGAGAGCCACGCUGACCACACCACAGUGAAACAGACUACAGAGAGACACACUCCAGAGGGCAGUCUGGGUGUAGAAACCAGCAGUAUGAACCAGACCAGCACCAGCCAGGCCAACCAGCCAGCCAGCUUUGUCUCCAGUCAGCUUCCAUCCCCCAACACCAACACAGACUUCGACCAGGUCCUCCAGGAAUCCCAGGCCAGCCUGAUGAAGACCAUCACUGUUCUGAAUGUGUUAGACACCACAGAGGGUUGCUCUGAUUCUGCCUCGAGACAACAGUCCACUGCAUCAAAGUCAGAGCGGGACACGACUCUGGACCUGACCCUGCAAGCCUCAGUGGAGCAACGGGCACGUCUGUCUGAUUCCCAGGAAGACACAACUCCCCGGCUGAGUGAUGAGGUGGAUUCCACCCACUUACAACCCUCAGAUACAGCAGCAGCCUCACAGCUUCCUGCAGCCCCUGUCGAUCCUCCUCCCUCAGCUCCCCAAUCAGCUGCUCCUCCCUCAGCUUCUCCAUCAGCUGCUCCUCCCUCAACUUCUCCCAGCACAGAACGCAUUAGCCGGCCACGGGUGGAGAAACCCCGCCGCACCAGUGUGGAUAAGGAGAUGAAGCAGAGUCCAGACAGGGCCAGCAAGUCUCCUCCUCCUCCUCCUCCUCCUCCACGAAGGUUCCAUGCUGUCAAUUCAGGUCUAACCACAGGAAGGUCAGGAGAGGUGGUUUUCACCACCAGGAAAGAGCCGCUUGGAUCCCAGGACGAGGGUGAGAAGGAGAAAGAGCAGCCGCUGGUUCCUCAGCCCAAACCCCCGAGACAGCCACCAGAGGUCAAACCCAAACCCCAGAUGUGUUCUCCUGCACAUCUGGCUGGUUCCACCUCCACCCACUCCACAGCCUCAGCACACAGGGGCGGGGUGGAAGAAGAGGAGGAGGACAACAAAUUCAUGAAAGAGCUGCAGGUGUUUCACAAAUGCACUUUGAGGGAUGAAGGGAGCAGAGGCGUGGUUGAACGAUCAGCCUCUGAGCUCCAGAGCAGUGAGAUGGAGUCUAAGGUGACUACAGAACUGUCAAAUAAGAAUUAUUUGCCAGGUGGAAAUAAGCAAUGGAAAGGAGAAGUGAGGACAUCUCCAACGUCACAGGUGUCCAAUCUGAAGCCUUCUGAGUUAGCAACAUCAGACCACCAGUCAGCUUCUCAGACAGGAAUUACAGAUGGCUGCCCUAAUAAACUCAUAACAGCAGCCGGACUGGAGGAACACAUUGAAGUGAGGAGAGGCAAUGUAAAUUCUGAUAAGAAGGACGCAGAGGAUGAUGUGGUUAAACAGGUGCCUUCCUUAAACUGUGCAACAGUAGAGAAGGUGGAGGUACCCCCAUCUGCAGCUUUACAAGACGCUCAGACUGUACAGAAGAGUGAGGAGAUUCCAACAACAAGCCAAAGGAAAGCAGAGAAGAUGGAGGUACAUACAGCUCCAACCGUUCAAAAAGAAAAUGAUCUUUCUUUGAAAAGUCCUGAUCAGAUUAACAAGGAGGUCGUUGGACAGGUGUGCUCCCCAACCUCAGCAGAAAAGAAAGUCAAGUUUACAACAAUUGUUACUCUACAAAAAGAAGCUACCGACAUCGCAAGUCCUGACCGGACAAAUGAAAAAGUUGUUAACGAGGUACCAGCUGAGAAGAAGUCAAAUUUGAUGGUAGUAUUAACUUUACAAAAAGAAAACACCCCAGAGGACAGAGGGAUAGAGUCCCUGAGCUCAGAUCAGUGUGUAGCUUCUUGCCCCGUGAAACCUUCACUCGUCUUGACUUACAGCCACAGCAGCAAGCAGCAGAACCAGGAGGCGGCAGCGCAGGUAUCCAGGGACCAAUCACAAUACACAGAAGAAGGAGGUAGCCUGAGCCCCGUUCUUUUUGAAGAUGAAGGACCUCCUCCUCCACCACCUCCAAUUGGUAGAAUCUCCAAGACCAUGAGUCCAAGAGUCAGGACACAGUCUAGAGGGGAAGACCUCGCUGAAACGAGUGACUCGGACACUCAGACUGUAGCUGGGGUCGACAGUACUGGUGAACCCACUUAUCGGGCACAUGACAACCAAGGUUUCCAGGACAGUGAUGACUCUGAUAUGAAACCUAUUAUUGUUUUCUUGAAUGAGCCUAUGGACAUUCAGUCAGCCUACAAGCGCCUGUCGACCAUCUUGGAAAGCGAGGAAGAUCUUGACAGGAUUCUCUCUCCAGCAAAUAUCGUGGAGGAAGAGGAGACAAAGCAGUACGAAGAGAAACAGAACGUGGGAAGAAUUAGCAUUACUGAAAUAAAUACAGACUUCGACCUUAAAGGCAUCACGGGGAAUGGUCAGAAUUCUCUACAUAUGCACAAUCAAAGACCUUCAGCAGAUAAUGUCUCAAUUCCCGAAAACCAAGACCAGGGUAAACCAGACUCGCUUAGACAGCCAGAGACCAAAAGGAAAUUCAAAUUCAAAUUCCCCAAAAACAAACUGGCUGCAAUUAGCCAGGCCAUUCGUACAGGGACGGUCAAAACAGGAAAGAAGACUCUCAAGGUUGUUGUCUAUGAGGAAGAGGAGGAGAAUGCAUCGUACAGCAGGCCAGUGAAGGAGACCAAGAAGCCAACAAAAGAAUCCAAGAGGUUUGACACCAACAGUACCAAACAAUUCAACCUGGGUGAAGGCAAAACCUGUGACAGAGGCGUCAAGGUCUCCCCUUCCAUCGAUACCAGACACUCAAAGUCACAGAGCCGGGUAGAUGAGCUCUGCAGGGGUACGUUUGACUCUAUCGACAGUCUAGAAGAGUCAAUUAAACAGUUGGAAAUCAGUGUGGACAGUAUAUCUGGCCCUUCUUCUCCCACCAGCAUUGUGUCCUCACCUCCUCAGUCCCCUGACUCCUCCUUUGACUCCAGUGACAGAGCUCAGCUUCAAGGCAAAGUCAAACGAGAGAGAGCGAGAAGCCCGUCCAAGAGGCCAGUGUCUCAGAUCCUAAAGGGCCCAAAUCCAACUCAGAGUAAGAGGCCCAAGCCACAACCUCUUCACGACUCAGGGAAAACCUCCACCAAGAAACAGACCUCCAGCAGCAGCUCCAGCUCUUCUGCCCAGCGAUCCCACACCAAAUCCCGACAAUCUUCUUCCUCUAGCUCACCAGAGAAGAUGCCCAAGGGCCAGCAGCAGCAGUCCCCCCAGAAGCAGCCCAGCCAGGCUGACAGCAGAAGCAGUAGAGCAGCCGGGGAUAGUAGCCAUUCUGUCGUUGCUUUGCGUGCCUCUAAGAUCCCAGCCAUGUGCCAUAGCUCUGGGAAACACCCGUCUGCCUCUUUGUCCACUCCUCACUGCUCAGACACCACCGAUAGCUUCCAAAACCUCUCCUCCUCCUCCACCUCCUCCUCCUCUGCUUCUUCGCCUUCAGCUUCUUCCAGCUUCUCCCCGGGGAAGCACUCUCUUCUGUCUCCCCCUUCAAAGUGUUCUUCCAGCCCGUCUUCUCCUUCCUUGGCCCAGCGUUCCAGGCAACAGGCUCUAUUGUGUCCUCUCUCCUCUUCCUCCUUGGUGAAGAACUCUUCCUCCGUUUCUCCGUCAGUCUCCCCACCUCGCUCCCCUUCUCCUUCAUUUUCUUUCUCCUCUCCUCCACACAAGUCUUUUAUCCCGUCUCUGAAUCUGAGCCGUCUCCUCCCCUCGUCUAGCCACGUCAUGUCGUCAUCCCACGCUAACGCCAGCCCGGCCCAACACGGGCCUCGCAGCAGCAGCAAACGCCAGCACCGCCUCGUCCUCACCUCCACCUCCACCUCCACCCCACAACACAGCUACUACUCCUCAUCCUCCUACUCUUCAUCCUCACCCUCCUCCUCCUCUCU